AUGGAGGCCGCGGCGUCGCCGGCGUCCAGUGGCCGCGCGGGCGAGGUGGAAGGAGGCGCGGGAGGGCGCCUGAGGCGGCCGGUGUCGGACGAGGACGCGCCUCUGCGCCCCGAGAAGUCCAAGGCUGCGAAGAAGAAGUCGCGGAAGAAGGAGAAGCGCGAGCGGAGCCUCGCGGGUGAGAAGAAGCGGAAGCACAAGUCGCGGAAGCAGUCGUCUUCGCGGAAGAAGAAGCAGCGAUUUCUGAAAGACAGCGCGCGCGAAGACUCCGAGGAGGAGCGAAGGCGGCGCGGCUCCUCCGACCUGAGCAGCGAAGAGGACGAAUCCGAGUCGGACGAGGACGCAGCGAUCGCGGCCGAAAUGAAGGGAUUCAUCGUGAGCGAGGAGAGCGGCGAGGAGGGUGAGAGCGACGACAGCGAGAAGGAGAACGAAGACGAGGGCCCUCCACAGCUCGACGAGGAAGACCUCGCGUUGAUUGAAGAGAACACCGGGUUGACGGUGCGCAAGCAGCCGCUCCGGCCGCCGCGCGAAGACGGCGAAGGGGAGUCGGACGAAGAGGGCGACGAGGGAGAAGCGGCGAGCGCCGACGACGCAGACUCGACAGCCUUCGCCGCGCUCCCGUUUGAGGAGCAACGCAAGUACCGCCGCCUGAAGAAGGUCGAGGCCGGGGCGUCGAAGCUGGACGAUCCCUCGGGGAGCGAAGAGGGAGGAGAUCCGUCCCGGAGUCCCAAAGAGGAGUUGGAGUCGCUUUUCGACAAGGGCGCGGCCCGCGACGGCGCCACCUUUUCGGAUCUCGAGGCCUCUGCGUCGGCUCUCGACUCAGACGCCCUCGCAUCCGCCGGCUUCGCCGCGCAGCAGGGAGCAGGCGCCCCACACGCCAAGGCGCUGAAGCGGCCAGGGACGAAGCGCCUGCCGCGUGUCCCUUCGUCCCCGGCGGCCCGCGAGGAGCGGGGCGACGCGAGCGAGGACGAGGAGGCGUGGCUCGAGGAAGACGCCCUCCGCGAGAGCGCUGCGCAACAGCGCAUGGGCGAGACUUGGGGCCUCGUCUACGACUGCUUCGGAGACGUCGACGCAGUGAUUCGCAUCCUCUGUAACCAGAGACCGCCGAAACACUCCGGCAGCGGAGGCGAAGAAGACGACUUCCAGGGCGCAGGCGACGCAGAAAUCGACAAGCGACGCCGCAGGGACCAGGGAAGAGGUGGCCGCGAAGACGACGAAGGCGACGAGCUGCGGCCCCGAGCGGGAAAACUCGGCGCCAAGCGCGCGCCGAGAGCCGGCCGGAGAGGCGAAGGCUGGGAAGCCAUCGGCGAACCAGACGAAGUCAAGCGAGAGUACCUAACCGCGUUCGACGAGCACGUCCGCCGCGUCGACGACCCCGAGCGCCUCUUCCUCCGAUUCCAGGAUCGGCCCAAAUCGACCUCGCAGGCGGCGCUCGUGCUGGAGAGUGGUUGGAUCACUGCGCGGCUGUUCCGCGAGUUUGGGGCGCAGCUGACGGAGGAGGAGUUGCGGAAGCGGUACUUUGACUCUUUCUUCGAGGGGUGUCGCCUGCGGCGGUCGCCGUACCACGACGUGCGGCAGAAGGUGAUUGUUCUCCUCGACUGGGUGUUGAACGAGCGCCUGGAAAUCGUCUUCAUUCUCCACCACAAGCUCCACCUGAUUGCGCCGCCGCUGACCGAAGAGAUGGUCUGGCGCGUGUACGAGCUGGACCAGCAGUACUGCCGCCUCCUCGCGAAGAAGCGCCGGGUCUUUGGGUUGAUUGAAGAAGUCGUCGAAGGCGUCGCCCACCUCCAGGGCUCCCGCCAAAGCGAAGAGACUCGCCAGCGCCUCCUGCAGAUGUGGGCCCUCUGCACCGAAAAGGCCGCGGCCAGCAGCAGCGAGAAGACGCGGGAGAAUGGCCGAGACCGCUGGACUGAACGCGGGAGAAGGCGCGAUCGGGAGACAGACGUCCCGGCGGUGGACGGUGAGGAAAUCGCGCUGGAGGACUUCCGGACCUUUCUCCAUUCGCAUUACCGGCAGUUCGUUGCGACUGCGCGAGAGGAACUGCAGAAGAAGGUUGCGCAGAGCGGAGAGACUCGAGAGCGGAAGCGAGAAGCCGAUGAGGGCGAGCAAGAGCAGGACGAUGAGGCGGAAGAAAAAGAGCGAGCGGCGCCAAGCGAGACCGAGGAGCGAGGCGCAGAGGGCGAGGAAGACGACGGGCUGGGGCUCGAGACAGCAGAGCGCGGGGCGCAGGAAGAGACAGAGAAAGAGGAGGAAGACGACUGGCUGAAACCCGAUGGGACGCCAAACACGUCGCUGCGAAGCGAGAACCAUGGACCCGCGGCGCCCGCUUCGCCUGCGUCGCCGGGUACCCGAGACGGCGCGGGGGCGCAGUCGACCUCUUUGCCCCUUCCUUCGCUGUCUCCUCUUCCUUCUUCUCUGUCUCCUCUUCCUUCUUCUCUGUCUUCUCUUCCUUCUUCUCUGUCUCCUCUUCCCGCUUCCCUUUCGUCUCCAUCUGCACUUUUGCCACCCUCAGGGUCCCCCCUUGCGGCGUCGGGCGCGGAGCGAAUCUCCGGUCUCGGCCUGCUGCUCGACCCUGCGCUUCCCGUUCCCCCCCCUCCAGAGGCGCUUCUGGGAUUGCCGGUGGGCGCCACGCUCGCUUCGCGCCCCGUCCCGUCGUCUGAGAGCGGGGCUGUGCAUGCAAUGCAAGCGGCCUCGGCAGAAGAGCGGGGAAAUCAAGACGACGGAGACGAAGGCGAGGCUGUGUGCGAGCGAAACUCGGCGCGGUGGGAAGAAGAUGCGUCUUUGAAGAAGGCUGAGGAAGACGUUCUCGCAGAGACGGACGCGAAGCCUUCGGCGCCCGUGACCUUCCAAACCGACGCCGUGCUGCAGGGGAUGCCUCCCUCGCCUUUCGCUCUCUCGCAGGGUGCACACAGCGACGCUUCUUCUGUCCACGUGGAGGAGAACGAGAGUCGCAGCGACGCGGGCGACGAGGAGGAAGCGACGACUCCGGUUGAAGCCGGAUUUGCGGGAGAUGUGCUGGAGGGAGAGGACCGCACGCUGGUGGUGUCUUGCAGGCGGGGUUCGUCUUUCGCUCUCUCCUCUCUUUCGCUCGUCGCCACCGGUCGAGAGCCUGGACGAAUGCGCCGGCCGUCUUCUUCUCGCCCCCCCUCGAGUGCCGCUCACGCUGCGUGUGUCUUUCAGCAAGAGGUUUCUCUCCGGGCCUCGCCACCCGCGUCGCCUCUCGACGGGAUGCGCGACCAGGCGGAGCUGGCCUCUCCCGACUCGCAGUUCCCGCCUUCCGACUCUUCUGCCGCGCCGCCAGUUGGAGGCGACAAAAACCCUCCAGAAGAACAGAGCGGAGACCCCAGCACUCAGGACGCGUCUUCCCUGGCGUCGUCCACCUGGCGACAUCGAUGGGAUGCCCCAAGCGCUCCCCGAGAAGACUCUUCUUCCUCUUUGUCUUCGUCGUCCGCCGUAGCUCCUGAGCAGGGUGCGGGGCGGGCGGCAUCGGCGGGGACAGUUCAAGAUGCUCGGGCCGAGGUGGGCGGCGAUGCGCCCGAGGACGGUCGUCUUUCUUCUUCGUGGAAGUCGCGCUGGGGAGUGCAGGGCGGUCGCGGGUUUGGGGGGCGCGAGGGCGAGAGAGUGCCGGGUGAACGGCGAGAGGGCGAUCAAGGAGACAGCGAGGGACAGGCGCGGGGCGAGGCCGUUCUGUUUCCGGACGACGGGGAGCGGGCCGUGGAGAGAGCAGAGGAAGCGCGUGGAGAUCUUUUUUCGGCAAGCAAAGACCUCAGCGACAGAAGUCGCGAAGAUGUAGGCAGUGUAGGCAGGCGGUGGGGCGGGGCGCGCGAGAGCGGGCGAGAAGAAGGGAGAGAGAAUGGGAGACAUGAGGAGCCUGGAGACGACGCGAGGAGGCACGCGUCAGCCGAUGAAGGAAGACGGUCGGGAAAGGAGGGCGAUCUGUGGAGUUCGCAAGACCCGCGAGGCCGCGACGAGAAAGGGGAAGACGCGAACCGUCGUGGACACGACGAAGACGUCGACACUUGGCGCAGGAGAGACCGGAGAGACGAGCAAGGAAGAAGGGAAGAGAGAGACGGCGAGCGAGGAAGAAGAGACGAUCGCGACGGCGAGCGAGGAAGAAGAGACAGAGACAGCCAGGAACCGUACGCCGCUUCCAGUGACGGUUACUACCCGUCUGCGGGAGGGGAGCGCGACCGCGGUUCGCGCGGGGCGACGGACCGAGACAGAAGAAAGUGGGGCGAAGAGCGAGGUAGAGAGAGUGAAGGCCGCAUUGGCCGUCGUCCGCUCACUUCGUGGGAAGAUGCGCAUGCGAAAAGGGGCCGAGCCCCAGAAAGGGAGACAGAAGACGAGACCGAGCGACGCCAGAGAGAAGAAGACGAACAGGCAGAAGCGGCCGAGGCAGCCGAGUGGGAGCGCCUGGAGCGGGAGGCUGAAGAAGACGAAAGAAAACUCGUGCUCGCGGAGCGAGAAAAGAAAAUCCAAGACCUCCUUCAGGCCGCCGGUGAUCAACCUGGGCCUCGUUUCGGCCUAGGCAUGCGAGACAUUCCGGGCCUAGAAGCAAUCGAGCUCGCAGAUCGCUACAACAUCUUUUCUUUGUGGGAGUCGUAUCUGCUCCCGCCGGACGCGCUCGUCUCCAAUUUGGAGGCCUUAGCGUUCGCGUCAGCGCCCUUCUCGCCGUCGCUCUUUGCCUCGCGCUUUUCGUGCCUUCUGCGCCCGACGGAGACGCCGCACAUCCCGAUCGCGUCCUCAACCGCCAUUUCGAGUGUCUUGACGUAUUCAGCGUCUGCGUUUCUCUCGCAGUUCGUCCCGAACCUCUUCCUCAACGCGUCUCCGGACUUGCCCCACAACGGUGUCGGGAAGCUCCCAGGGUUGCCGGGAGAAACCGUGGAGAACUUGGAGGCGGCGAGUGACGCCUGGUGCCUGCCUUACUGUGUGCAUCCGUUCGACACGGGAAAACAGCUGAAACGCGUCUUGAUUGCUUACUACGCAAAGAUCCUCGCCUCGUACCCGCCCCUGCGCAGCCUGAUCCGGAAACGCUUCCACCAGAUUUGCUCCAUGAGCACACUGACGACCGUCAAGGGCGAGGCGGAGACUGACCCCGCGAAACCCUGUUGGAUGGCCAGACGCCUCGCCAGACUGCCUCUCCUCAAGUUUGUUAACGAGAUUCUUCCGUCGUUCGAAGAGGCGCCGCCGAUCGCGCCGUGGAAGGACCGGGCGCGUCGCAAGGCGGAGGAGGAGAAGCGGAGGGCGGAACAGAGAGAACACCUGAAGACGCUGCCGUCUCUGGAGGCAAAGCGUCAGUACUUGGAGAAGAUUCAGAGCGAGUCGAAGCAGGAGGAGACGCCGGCGGGCACGAUGACGCGGGCUCGGCAGCUGGAGACGCUGCUGAAGAAGCGGGGGGACGCGCGGUGCCUGGAACUGUUCCUCCACGUCUACCGGCUCGAGAAGGCAGGCGAGCUCGGCCUGUUCAUCCACCCGCAGACGUCGGCGGAGCUGGCCGGGUCUCUCGGCCACCAGAAGGAGUUCGAGGAGCGCCAUCGGGACUUCCGGCGAACGUACCGGAGCCUGGUGAUCGAUAAAGGCCGGGAGGCUCCUGCGCUCGAGGCUCUCGCCAUGAACAAGACGGCGGCGGAGGCCUUUGGGCAAGGCGUCGGUGCGUCGCUCGUCUUCGACAUGGUGAAACAGAAACGUUUUCUCGACGAAGAGUACGUCGCGUUCGUGCGGAGUCGCGCCCAAGACGCGUUCCUCGUCCAGCGCCUCGUCGACGACCUCCUCGCGGCGUACAGCCCGCAGCUAUGGCAGGCUUCGACGAGUGCAGGCAACAUCGGCCAGCACCACUUUGCGGCCUUCUUCUCGAAGGCGCGCAGCACGGGUGGGCAGCGACCGGGAGCUCCAGGCGCCCAAGAGGAAGACGAGGGCGAACCCUUCCUCGCGUUUCUGCAGCGAGGCGGCGGGAACGUGUCCGCGUCCGCGGCCUCGAGCGCCAUGCCCGGCUGGCUGUACGUUCAGCGGCGGAUCCUCCAGCGAGUCGUGGAGGAGGAACUCCUGCCGAUCUUCAAGCGAGAGAUACGCGAGGACCUCCUCCAGAGGGCGCAGCAAGUCGUCAUUUGCAGAUGCCGAGAAAUGCUCGAGUGGCGCGUGAACACGCAGCCGCUGCAGCCGUCUCCGGAGCAGAUUCGGCGGCGCCAGCGGCAGGGCGACGACGAGGAGGGCAAUCGAAAGAGUCGGAAGAAGCACCGCCGCUCAGGCGACCAAGCGACCGAGAAGAACUCGUCGAGCGACGAAGAGAGCGACUCGUUCGACGACGCCUCCGACUCGAGCUCUGGCGGCAGUACGUCGUCUGAAGCUGAGUCGAGUUCCGAGGACGACGAAGAGUACGCGUCAGGCACCUUCCAAACCGAAAGGAAGCGUCUGCGGGCUGCGCGCCGCCAGCGGAAGCUGCAGAGACAGCAGCGGCUGCUGGAGCGGAGACGGCGCCUCGUGCAGGAGCCUGCGCUCGUGGAUGUCCUCGCAUUUGUCGUCGAAAACGUUCAUCAAGACGCCUUCGCGGAACUGACCAACUUCGCCACCGUCGGCAGCGCCGCCGACACGCCCAUGGCACGCGGCUCCGCAGGCGUGGGGCGGCGGGGCCGCAGUCGCGCCCGCGUGCAUGCAAUGCUCGUGAACGCCUGGGGCGAGAUGGAGGAGUACGACGUCUUUGAGUUUCUCUUGAAUGCGCCGUUGCCGUCGCAGCAAGAGAUCGAAGCUGCGCAGAGUGGCGACUCCGAGCUGAAUCACGACCUCGCGGCCGAGGCGGGGGCGACUCCGCGCCCCGCAGGCGUCACUGCCGAGCAGCGAAGCGCCUACGAUGACUUUGAGAGGCUCCUCAGGUUCUUCAGAGAUCACUUUGUCGACGCGGCAGUCGUGGGCGUGCGCGACCGGUUCGCUCUCCUGCUCUAUCUCAUCCUCAAAGAGCGGCUGGUUCCCAAACUGAAAAAGAAGGAACAGCCUCUCUUCCUCGAACUGGCCAGCCUCGAAGUCCCCACCAUCUGGGCGGGAAGCGACAAGGUGCCGCAGGCGCUCCGACAAAAAGUCGAGAAAGAAGGUCUGAUGUGCCUCUCUCUGGCGCGUACCCUGCAAGAUCCCUUGGCGGAGAUUGCGGGGCUCUGGAGCGAAGGCCGGCAAAACUACUUGCUCCAGCUGAAGCUGCAUCCGCUGCAGAAACUCGUGCCGCCGGACCGCCUCCAGAGCGCCCUCGAACGCGUGCUCUUAGCUACCGUCGGAAAGGUCGGCGUUGAGCUGAAGCGCGCUUUGCGCGGGAGCACCGCCGCUCUUGGCGGCAACCCCACAGCGUCUCUUUUGCAGUUCGUGCCAGGCUUGGGGCCCCGCAAGGCUGCACGCCUUCUGGGCAUGUUCAAAACGUCCACGCUGCUGAUGCGGUCUCAACUGUGCACGCCGAACGACGGAUCGACUUCCGACAGUGACGGCGGCCGAGGCGACAUCGACGACUUUUAUCCCUCGCAGUCUCAGAGCGAAAAACGCCACGCUCAGCCCGUUGGCCUAGGCCGCAAGGUGUACAUGAACUGCGUCUCGUUUCUUCGGCUAAAAAACAAAACUUCAGACCCAGAAUCAGUUGAUGCUUUGGAUGACACGCGCAUUCAUCCGCUGGAGGGCCGAAGUUUCGUGGCGAAGAUCUGCCGCGACGCUGUCGCUGAGAAAGAAGAUGCUCACCCGAAUGGAGAAGACGACGAAGAACAUGGCGGCGAGUCGGGCGCCCGCAGACGCGACGACGACGUAGACGAUGAAGAUGCGAUUGUCGAAGUCUUCAGAAAACCUGCUCUCCUUGACGACAUGGACUUGGAAGCUUUCUCGCAGAUGCUCGCGGAGACGAAAGACCAAGCGCGAUGCCUGCCGUACCUGGAAUUUAUCACGACGGAGCUGAGACAUCCGUACAGAGACCCGCGCUUGCCAUUCGAGUCCGCCAGCGAGAUGGAAGUUUUCUUCUGGUCCAUUGGUGAAGACGCCGAGGAGUUCCGCCCCGGCUCGAGUGUCUCUUGCCAGGUCGUGUUUGUGAAAAACACUUCUCUCGUCGUCCGCCUGCAGCCGUCGGGCAUCCGCGUCCAGCUCUCCGACCUCCGCGAGCUCCGCUCUCUCUUGGCCCUGAGGACUCCCCAACUCAAGCGAGACACCGCGGGACAGCUGGAACGGCGACCGCACCAGGAAGAUCUCUCCCCGCUCCUCGGUGAGGUUCUGCACGGGCGCGUCGCGUUCCUGCACUACGGCAUCGAACUCGAGCGCUCAGGUUUCCCGACUUACCGCAUUGAAGUCGUAGCCACUGGCGACGUCGUGAAGGCGAUGGUGGCCCAGAAUCUUGUCUCAGACGUCUCACUCAAUACCAUACACACUUUCCUCUCUCCCGCCGCUAGCGAACUGGAGGAGCUUCAGCUGGAGCAGCAGAAGAAGCAUCAGAGACUGCGACGCAACAUUCGGCACCCAAACUAUAAACCCGUGACGCCGCUGAAGGGUUUACAGCUGCUCCAGCACGCCGGGGUGCCGGUAGGCGAGGCGCUGUUUCGGCCAGGGUCGUCGGUUGAGGGCCUAACUCUGAUGGUGAAGACGUGUGCCGAGCCGUUUCGGUGUCUCUCGCUUCCUGUCGAAGAACGGAAUCCGCUACUGUCGGCGGAAAACACUCCCGAGGCGCUCUCCGCCAUGGCUGCUGCGCUGCAGCAGCAAGAGCAGCUGGGCGGUGUUGGGAGCGAGUUGAUUCUCCAAGGCGAGAAAUUCGAUUCCCUCAAUGCGAUCAUUGCCCAGUUCUGCGAUCCGCUCCGCGUCAACUUGGAGGAAGUGUACAGACAUCCGAAAUAUCUUCCGAUCCCCGACCUGUCAAUUGCGGCGGAGAAGCUGCGGCAAGAAGCGUCGUCGCGGCCAGGGUCGAUUUGUUGGGCGAUUCUUCCCCCGUCGGCGCCGUCCCCGGCGGCUGCGACGGGCCGAGAGGCGAGGACGGGAAGCGAGAAUCCGCUUCGCUUCCAGUUAGUCGUAGUGCCUCCACAGCCGGCAGCUGCGGUCGAGAGCGCUGUCGCCAGGGUGCUCGUCGACGGCAUUUACGUGGACCACAAAAAGUUUUCCAUCUGGAAUCAGGAACACAAGUCGCUGCAGAAACUGGUGUCGUGGUGGAAGGAGAAGGGAUACUGGCGGCGCCAAGAGCUGCUGAAGGCGUACGCGGAGGAAAAGAGCCGUCUGCAAGCUGAGCGAGAACGGCGCCGCCAGGAGAGAGAACACUUGAAGAUGCUCGAGGAGAGGCGAGAAGAGGAAGAGAGGCGGAACCAGAGAGACUACGUGGCGACGUACAUUCAGCCGCGGAAUGAACAGAGUGCGAAAGAGUGGUACGAGCGCGCGGUGCGCCGCCAGAAGAAUUACGAUCCGCGCGCGGCGGGGACUGUGGUGGAGACUGGGAAGGGAGGGGAGCGAAGAACUCCGAGCGGCUUUCCAGGCGACUCUGCCCCGUCUGCGGGCGAGGUCGGGCCGUACAGCCAGGCGGCCUCGCUGUCCUCGCAGCCGUAUCCUGCGUCUUCGCACCCGUAUCCUGCGUAUUCGCCCUACUCUCAUGACCUUGGAGCCGGCGGUCGACCUACGAGAAGGGGACCCGAAGGCCGAGGAGGUGCGUCUUCUUUUGGACGCUCAGACGCUUCGCAUGCUGGCGCCUCUCAGCCGGGCGGCUGGUACGACAACAGCCACACGCAAAGCAAAGCUUUGUACGGAAGCUCUGAGGCGAGGCGAGGGGAAGGAAGGGGGGACCAGUCCUGGUCUUCCGGGCACCCCAGGGGAGGUGGGGAGAGUCAGCACGGGCGAAGCGCUGGCCACAGCGCCUGGGAAAGCGGCGGGCAGAGGUUUGGAUACGGCGACGGGGACCGGAACUCGUACGGAGAUCGGCGCGCCCACGAGAGAGACGAAAGCUGGCGGAGAGACGGAAGACGCGGUCGAUUUGGAGACAGGCGAGACCGGUAG